GUCUUCUUUGACCUUAGUUUUUGUACCUAAGGCUGUUGUUCUCAUCUCAGCUACUUUCCAAAUUGCUUUCAAUGAUAAUCUAAAUGUGGUUGUUUGUAAGCAUUGAUGAUUUCUGAGCCAAAUUUCUUUUUCCUUUAAAAACUUAUUACAGCACUAAAUCUCUAGACUUUUCUUUCAGUUUCAUUCAAUAAAAGUUGUGCAGGUGUUUACUGCUAUCUUUUAACAGGCUUAUGUUUCAAUGCUGUGUUUUUCAGGUCAUAUCAUGGUGAUCCUGUUCUGAAUCCUCUUACGCCUUGGGAUAGACCACCAAUAAAAAAUGUUUUCUGUAUCUAUGGGAUAGAUUUAAAGACUGAGGUUGGUUACUAUGUUGCACCAAGUGGCAAGCCUUACCCUGAUAACUGGAUCAUAACAGAUAUCAUAUAUGAAAUCGAAGGAUCACUCUUCUCAAGGUAAGUGUCAUCCAUAGAAGAUCAGAUUUUUUAUUAACAACCUAGAUGCACAAUAUGAUAUGUACCAAAAAUCUACUUUUACAUGAAUUGAAGUGCUCUCUUCAUACUCAAUUUUGUUGUAUUGAUCCCCUUUCAUUCUUGAUGCUUAGCACACUUUAGCAGUUUAUUGAUGUCAUGGAUAGGUCUUUUAUCAGUAGCCUCAUUUCACAUCUCCCUUUUCCAGAAUGCACCUUCAACUCACUCAAACCCAAUACACUCACAUGAAAGUCAAUUGUUCAAUAAUUUAAUAAUCUGCUUUUUCCCUUUUUUUUUUUAUAGGCACAUAUAGUAGUAUUUAUUCUAGUAAUAUUUAUUGAUUAUAUGUUAAGCAAAGCUGCUCAAGUUGUUUUUAGUAUUUCUCAAAAUGAUUCAUUCUCAUUAUUUUUCUAUAUUUUGAGCAUGUCUUUGCUCCAUUCUUGUAGAUCGGGGACCCAAGUUGAAGGGAAUCCUGGAUUUGCUAGUGGAGAUGAAACAGUACCAUAUCAUUCUCUCUCUUGGUGCAAGAGCUGGCUUGGAUCAAAAGUGAACAUAACAAGGACUCCACAGUCAGAGCAUGAUGGAUCUGAUGUUCAAGAGGAGUUGAAUGUAGAGCAUUAUCAUGAAGAUGAUAUAGUUCCCAACAUGACAAGGUCACCUAGAAUCAAGUACAUAACAUAUUAUGAAGAUGCUGAAAGCAUUCCAGGAAAGAGGACUGCUGUGUGGGAGCUUGAUAAGGUGAAUCACAGGAACAUUGUUAAAUCACCAGUUCUAAUGCGGGAGUUGUGGCUUCAGAUGUGGCAUGAUAUUCAUCCUUACGCAAAAUCAAAAUUUGUUACAAAAGCUAAGCGUGGGCCCUUGAGAGAUGAGGACUGCUAUUGGGAUUAUGGGAAGGCUCGGUGUGCAUGGCCUGAAUACUGUGAAUAUAGAUAUAUCUUUGGGGAUGUUCAUUUGGGACAGAGCUGUAGGUUAAGGAAUUCUUCAGCUGACCUGCUCUUGCAUUAUGCAUAGUGUAGAAGGUACCUGAUGUCUUUUUUCUCUUGUUAUCCAACCAAUCCUAAAGUUUAAAACCCCUUUAUGAAUUUCAAAAUGAGAUGAGAUAUUUCUCCAAUUUCGCAUCCAGUAUCAUUUUUCCUCCAAAAUAGUUGGUUUUUACUGUCUUGUGAUGUUUUUCUUGAGGAAAAUCUGAAACUACUCGACCAAAUGUGGAUGAACUUGAAAGCUUGAAAGUUGAUAGCUGUUUGUCUUCUUUGGUUCACUACUUUGACUCGGUAUCAUAAUUCAAAAAUA